AUGGUUAAUUCCGAUAACCUCUCGCUCCCGUUGACGGGCACGGGCCUGGCUCUGGUAGCAGUGGCCACCACGCCGGCCCUUGUUGCCGUCAUCGCUCAGUUGCGGAAUCGCACACCCAAAGAUCAUUUUUAUGAAGAUGAAGACGGUAAAAGCACACCAGAGAGCACCGCUGCUUUUUCCAAUCGGCUGCCCAAGGCCUCUAUCUUGGCAUCCUCGACAAUCGGUUUCGGCACUUGGAUUGCAAUUUCUGUUUUUUCAUCUCUUGAAUUGUCCUCUAAGUUGCUGGAGAACUGGCUAAUUGCUGGCGCAUGGGGCCUUGUACUGCUUCACGCCAUCUCUCUGAGUGCUCAUCACUCGUCUGUAAAAGUUCACAACCUCGGACUGUGGUUGUUGGCGUCUGGUCUUGUUGUUGCCACUCUUACUGUACCCCAAUUGAUCACAGAGGCCCAACAUGUUUCCAGCGACAACGUCCCAGUUGUCAUACUCCGUGCCGUAAACGUGGUUGCUGUCAUCUCUCUAUGCCUCUCCAGCGUUCUACUUCCUCGGCGACCUGAGGUUUACUUCAAAGAUCGCAAGGUUGAUGGAGAAUGGACCGUGUCUGCCCUGAGCAGAUAUACUUGGACCUGGGUCGAGCCACUUCUUCAAUAUGCUUCCAAGAGGAAUGAUCUGGAUGCCGAUGAUGUCCCCCAUCCGGACCGGAAGCUUCGCUCUGGACUUCUGAAGCAUGACUGGGAUUCAAUGAGAUUCGAUGGUAGUCUCCUGCGAGCAUUGCUCUGGGCAUACAAGGGCAGCUUCGUUUUGCAAUGGAGUGUUACCAUCUUCCGCAACUUCCUAGGCCUCCUGCCUUUCUGGACUAUGCUGCGUCUCAUCAACAUCCUGGAGCAGCGUGAUUCGAGGGGGUCUGGACCCUCUCUCGAGCUCUGGAUCCUUGUCUUUGCGAUGGCCGCCUUUAACCUCUUGGAUGCUUGGGUCGAAGGAUGGGUAUUCUGGUACUCCUUUGCCGAUGUCUCUUUGCCUAUCCGAGCCCAGCUUUCUACGCUCGUUUUUGAGAAAUCUUUGCGGCGUAAGAACGUCAAGGCUGCAGAGAAGCAGAAAGAAGCCACCGAAUCAGAAGAGGCAGACGGAAACAAGAAGGAUGAUGACGAGUCUGACAGCUCAAGUGUGCUAAAGUCUCGGCAAGCCAUUGUUAACCUCGUCGGCGUCGAUGCUGCACGAAUUGCCAAUUUUGCGGCAUACCAGUUCCUUAUUAUCAACAGCGUCGCCAAGCUUGUCACUUUCAGCUUCUUCCUCGUUCGUUUGAUCGGCUGGAUCCCUUUCGCGGCAGGCAUGUUGGCUUGGGCUGCUACCCUACCCGCCAACACAUAUUUUUCAAAGGCUCUGCUGGGUAAAUCAGAGAAGCUCAUGAAGCUCCGCGAUGAAAAACUAGCAGUUGUCAACGAGGCCUUGCUUGGCAUGAGACAGAUCAAGUUCUCUGCACUUGAGGCACGGUGGGAGCAGCGUAUCUUGGCCAUGAGAGAGAGAGAGCUCAAGACUCUGUGGCAACUCUUCAUCGUUGACACUGGCCUCUUUGGUUGCUGGGUAGUUAGCCCGAUUCUCCUUGCAGCCACUUCCCUGGCCAUUUACGCUAUUGUCAACGGGCAGCUUCUACCCUCGGUCGCCUUCGUUAGCAUCGGAAUUUUCAAGGCCCUGGAAGUGACGCUUGGAGUUCUCCCUGAGCUCAUCACAAUGUCAGUUGACACACUCGUCUCGAUCAAACGAAUCGAUACAUAUCUUCAAGGUCCGGAAAUGGAGAAGACGCUUUCUGAAGGUUCCGAGGUUGGGUUUGAAGGUGCCUCGAUUGCCUGGCCCGUCGAUGAAGAUACACCUGAUGAAGAUAGAUUCAUCCUGAGGAACCUCAACUUCAACUUUCCCGUUGGCGAACUGUCUGUCAUUUCGGGAAAGACUGGAACUGGAAAGAGUCUGGUGCUCUCUGCUAUUCUUGGAGAGACAGACUUGUUAGAUGGAUCAAUUCGCGUCCCGACAACAGCUGAACCCGCCAAACGUCACGACGACGAAGCUCAUCCAGGCAACUGGAUCAUCCCUGGCUCAAUUGCAUACGUUGGGCAGACUCCGUGGUUGGAAAGUGCCUCAUUCCGAGACAACAUCUUGUUUGGUCUCCCCCUUAUCGAAGAACGUUACCAAAAGGUGAUCGAGGUUUGCGCAUUGAAGAAGGACCUCGAGAUCCUGACGGAUGGCGACAAAACAGAGCUCGGCGCCAACGGCAUCAACCUCAGCGGCGGACAGAAAUGGCGUGUCACAUUGGCUCGGGCUAUCUACUCUCGUGCCGAGAUUCUUGUCAUGGAUGAUGUCUUUAGUGCUGUCGAUGCACAUGUUGGCCGUCACAUCUUUGAGAAAUGUGUUACUGGCGAUAUCUGCAAGGGUCGAACCCGUAUUCUCGUCACUCACCAUGUGGCUCUGGUUCAAACCAAGGCCAAAGUCAUCAUUGAGCUGGGCGAAGGCACUGCUCUUCAUGCAGGGCUCGUGUCUGACCUCAUUCGCGACGGAACACUGGAGGAGAUCAAGAGCCACGAGCAGACUAGUCAGCAAAUACUGGAAGACGAAGCGACGGACUCAUCAACUGCCGUCAACUCGGAAGAAGCUUCCGUCACAGAUGAAACCGCUGAGACGAAUGGAUUGCAAAAGGUACAGUCCAAGGAUGCUAAGCAAUUCAUCCAGGAAGAGGUGCGCGAGAAGGGUGUUGUCAAGAAGCAUGUCUAUAUGACCUACCUUCGGGACAGUGGCGGUCUGCUCCUCUGGGGCAUCUGUGCGGUUAUCUUCCUUGGUUAUGAGAUUGGAAUUCUUGGCCGGGCAUGGUGGCUACGAAUCUGGACAGGAAAUGCCGAUGAUGGUGUACUAUCUGUCAGUGUUCUUCAGCAGCAUGGACAUGCGUCGGUUCUCUCUCUUCAGCAGUUCCCAUUGAACUCUGCGUCUGGCCUCCGAGUUGCCGAGUCUCAGAAUGACCUGAACUUCUACCUCUAUGUUUAUAUCGGCAUCUCCAGCGUUACGGCCGUCAUCGGCACGCUCCGAUUCUUCUGGGCUUACUUUCUCGCCAUCAAGGCUAGCAGGUCACUCUUUGAGAAGAUGUUGUUCGCCGUUUUGCACACUCCACUUCGAUGGCUUGAUACUGUCCCAGUUGGCCGAGUUCUCAACAGAUUCACGUCCGAUUUCAACAUCAUCGACAACCGAAUCACCAUCGACUGGACCAUGUUCAUUUCCAACUUGCUUUCGCUCGCUGGUGUCUGUGUCGCUGCCUUUUUCGCAUCCAGCUAUGUCAUUCCUCUGGCUGUGGUCCUGCUGGGACUGGGCAUCAUGAUCGGUAACAAGUACCUCUAUGGCGCGAGACCACUGAAGCGACUCGAAAGUAACUGCAAGUCGCCGGUAUUUGAGCUAUUCAACGCGGCGCUGGCUGGUGUUUCUACCAUCCGUGGUUUCCAGAAGACCCAAGUCUAUGUUGAUCGGAUGUAUGACAGGCUGGACAGUUGGAACAUCAUCACUUCCUACAUGUGGCUCGUCAACCGUUGGAUGGGCAUCCGUAUGGCCUUUGUGGGAACACUGUUCUCGACUGUCGUUGGCAUCAUCGUCAUUAUGAGCCCUAGUAUGGACGCUGCUCUCGCUGGCUUUACUCUGUCCUUUGCGCUUGACUUUGCUGAGAGCAUCCUCUGGACCAUCCGCCAUUAUGCUGGCAUGGAGCUCAACAUGAACUCGACCGAGCGAGUGGUCGAGUACACCGAACUUGAGACGGAGUCCUUGGAAGGCGAGAAACCCCCUGCGGCUUGGCCUACUUCAGGCACCAUGGAGGUUGACAACCUCGAGGUUGCGUAUGCCCCUGAUUUGCCACCCGUGCUGAAGGGAAUCUCGUUCAAUGUCAAGAACAACGAGAGAAUCGGUGUAGUUGGUCGGACGGGCGCAGGAAAGUCGUCUCUGACCCUUGCCCUCUUCCGGUUCUUGGAAGCUCGUUCUGGUAGUGUUUUCAUCGACGGUUUGGACAUUUCCAAGAUUGAUCUCCAUAGUUUGAGAUCUCGCCUGGCCAUUAUUCCUCAAGAUCCGGUGCUGUUCUCUGGCACCAUUAGGUCAAACCUCGAUCCCUUCGACGACAACACUGACGAGGAGCUCCGUGACUCACUCGCCCGUGUUCACCUCGUUGAUUCUCAGCCUGCGACACCGUCCAACGAGCCCGCCUCGGCAGGAACCUCGACUCUGGCUCCCAAAAACGUCAACGUGUUCCGGGAUCUGUCAAGUCCAAUCUCCGAGUCUGGCGGCAACCUCUCACAAGGCCAGCGUCAACUUCUAUGCCUUGCGCGCGCCAUCGUAGCGAGGCCCAAGAUCAUGGUGCUGGACGAGGCCACAUCGGCCGUCGACAUGGCUACUGAUGCUCUCAUCCAGCGCAGUAUCCGCGAGGAGUUUACCGACAGCACUCUGCUCGUGAUUGCGCAUCGUCUGAGCACCAUUGCCGACUUUGAUAGGAUUCUUGUCCUCUCUGAAGGCCGGGUCGCCGAGUUUGGCACGCCCAAGGAGCUUUGGGAGAAGGAGGGUGGUGUGUUCCGUGAUAUGUGUGAGAGCAGUGGUGAGAAGGAGAAGUUGAGACAGACGAUUUUUGCGUAA